CUCCUCCUCCCUCUCCUCUCCGCCGCCUCCGUCCUCCUCCGCCUCCCCCUCCUGCUCUCGUCCUCUCCGCUACGCCCACGGCGCACCCUCCCGGUCCCGGUCGUCAGUGUCGGCAACCUCACCUGGGGCGGCAACGGGAAGACGCCCAUGGUCGACUUCCUGGCCCGCCGGUUUCACAACAUUGGCAUCUCUCCGCUCAUCCUAACAAGGGGUUAUGCCGGAGGCGAUGAAUCCAAGAUGCUCCAGAGGCGCCUUGCUGAUACUACCACUAAGCUUGGGAUUGGUGCAAAUAGGGCUGCUGUGGCUUCCUCAAUGCUGCAAAAGUAUGGCUAUGUGAAUCCUUGUGAGGCCUUCCUCGGGGAGAAUCUUUUGUCAGCACCCAGCCGGGUGGUAAACGCUGCAAUUGCCAAAAUCGGAGUGGCUAUACUGGAUGAUGGAAUGCAGCACCGGAGCUUGCUUCGAGAUGUGGAGAUUGUGAUGGUCAAUGGGCUGACACCUUGGGGAAACGGUCAUUUCAUUCCACGAGGACCCAUGAGGGAACCCUUGAGCGCACUUACUCGUGCUGAUAUACUGGUUAUUCAUCAUGCGAAUCUGGCUUCUGAAGCACAACUGGAAAAUAUUAAAUGUACAGUCCAAGAUAGUGGCGCGACAUGUCCAGUGUUCUUCAGCAAAUUGGCCCCGUCACAUAUUUUUGAGAUUAAUAAACCACUACAGAGACUGCCUCUUAGGGUGCUGGAUGGCAUGGUUGUGCUAUGUGUUUCCGCAAUUGGUUGCCCAGAUGCUUUCAUAAAUACAGUUAGUGAGAUUGGUCCAAUCAAGAUUGAUAGGUUGGAUUUCAGUGAUCACCAUUUCUUCCGUGAUCAUGACCUAGAGUUAAUCCAAGAAAAGGCGAGGAAGCUUGGGGAUCAACAUAACAAAGAGACUGUCGUCUUAGUUACAGAGAAGGAUUACGACCGCGGUCCAGAUGUCCUUGGGAUGGUGGACGCAAAGGUUUGGGUCCUGUCUUCUUCUUUGCAAAUUAUGCCCCUCAAGGAACAAGGAGAAGAGGAAUUGAUGAAGAAAGUAAAGGACAUUAUUACAAGAACUAGGCGUGCAAAAUAACACAGAGGGAGGGCCUAGCCAUGAGUUGCUGAUCAUUUGGUUAUAUCCAGCUAAAAAAUUCUUGAAGCAAAACAAUGCUGCCAUUGGGGCCUGUCACUUAUGUACCAUGUUAUGUCGCUGUUUAACUGGUUAGUUAAAAUCCUGUGUCGGUGCUCUGGAACAUUCAGAACUUAAGAGUUUUCAACUGGGUCAGUGGUCUGAAGCUCCACAUCAGGGUAAUGAGAAAGGUGUUUCUCUUCUGUUGUUCA